AAUGUUUAACCCAACUCCUACAGAAUUCUAUUAUAACAUUAAAAAUAUUGACGAUUAAAGUGAAAGUACUGACGACGAAGACUAUGAGCAAUUUGAAAUAGAGUAUGAAGUAUUUAAUAUAUUUUAGUGUUUAACCAAAAAAAAAGUACUUUGAAACAAUUGAAGAAAAAAUAUAAUUUAUUGAAGAAUAUACAAAAAAGAAAAAGACUGAAUUAUGCAAAAACUUUUAAUUAAUGGGAUUUUGUAAAUUUGGGGAUGAUGUAUAAAACUUAUUUAUUUUUUAGUGUUCAUUCGCUCAUGGAUAUUAAGAAUUGCAAGCUAAAACUCAUCUUCAUUAGAAAUAUAAAACAAAACCUUGCAACAGAUAUUUUAGUUAAGGAUUUUGUCCAUAUGGAAUACGAUGUUAAUAUUUGCAUGACGAAUUAAAGGAUUAAUAAAAAUUCGAAAAGUUUUUAUAAGAAUCAUACUAAGAGUAAGGCAUGAAGCCUUCAAUAGCUAGAAGUAUAAUUUUAAAUUAAAUAUUAGAAUAUCUCAACAAUUAAGAAAGACUUGACAUUUAAAGAUUUCAGCAAGUUUUACAAAAAUUCGUCCAAAAAGGAUUUAAUGUUGAUUUGCCUAGACGAUCAAAGUUCUUUGUUUAAUUAGAAAAAAAAUAAAAUUGAUUUCUCAAUUCUAAACUUUAUUUAUUUUAAUUCAAUAAUAUAAC